AUGGCGGAGAAAGAAAGCCGUUCCAGCAGUAACAGCCUCACGCUACUCAAGCUGAAAGCACCAACCACCAACUCCGACGCCUCCAGCUCCACCGGCAGCGCCCCAAGUGUGCCAGCCCAGGCAAGGUGCCACAAGAGAAAAGACUGUGUCCUGAGGGAUCCUCCUCUGCUUCCUCUCCCAGCGGCCCAGCACCACUCCGCCAAGACGCUGAAAGGUGAGGCGUGUGAGCCCCACUCCCAGCCGAGGCAAGCGGCCCUCUUGGAGCGUGGACGCUUUACCUGCAGUGUUUCCCUCACUCUGCAAGCCGGAUGCUGUCUGCUGCCCACCGCCACACCGGCCGCGCACGCGCACAGCUUCAUGAGCGUGCACCUAGGCGAGCACAAUCUGCGCAAGCGCGAUGGCCCGGAAGUGCUGUGGACUGUGGCUCGCCUCGUCCCACACCCGUGCCACGAAGCGCGCAGCCAUCGCCACGACGUCAUGUUGCUACGUCUAACCCGGCCCACGUGCCUCUCCUCGCCAGUGCGUCCCGUAGCGCUGCCCACGCGUUGUCCCCAACCAGGCGAGGCCUGCGUGGUGUCCGGCUGGGGCCUGGUGGCUGAUGACAAGCCUGGGACCAAAGGGAGCACAAGGUCACAAGUGAGUCUCCCAGAUAUGCUGCAUUGUGCCAACAUCAGUGUUAUCCCGGCCACAUCUUGUAGCAAGGACUACCCAGGGCGCCUUAUGAACACUAGGGUGUGUGCAGGAGUAGAAGGCGGAGGCACGGACUCCUGUGAGGGUGACUCCGGGGGACCCCACACAGGGUGGCUGGUCUGUGGGGGAGUCCUGCAGGGAAUCGUGUCCUGGGGUGACGUCCCCUGUGACACUACUCACAAGCCUGGUGUUUAUACCAAAGUCUGCAGCUACUUGGGGUGGAUCAGGGUCACCAUGAAGAGGAACUGACUAUUUUGGUCCUACCGCCUGUGUCUCUGACUGAGCAGAAACUCCUGUAGCUGGCCAGCCACCCCAUCCUGACCUGGGACAGAACUGAGCCAUCCCUUCACACCCCAUCUGUCCACGACGCACAUGUUGGCCAAGGAUUUGUCCCAUGUCAAGCCAGAGCUGGUGCUCAAGGUCACCUGUUUAAACACUGAGAUAACAGUGCUGAUGCAAGUUUCUCUGUAGGAGUUGCUGUGACUUUCUUCUGGGGAUGAAGGGAAGUGGGAGCCAGAGACUGGGUGGGGAACCCAAGGCCACUGUGCGUUGCUCCGUUUCACUCGCUGCCCCGAUGCCUAGGUGAAAAGAAAUAGCUUGAAGCAGGGCUCUUCCUUCACAUACACAGGAUUAGCUGUGCAGUCUUGAGGAAAAGACUCGAUGCCACUCAGCUUCGGUUCCCCCAGGUGUGAAACAGAGAUCUUCAUGUUGCUUACCUCACAGCGUUGUAAGGAUUAAAUGAGGAAGGUUAUAUGAACUCAUUCCAAUAGUGCCUGGCACAGGGCAAAUAUAUCUCUGGACCCCAGCGGAAAAGACCCCCAGCACACGCUAGAUGAUCAGGAAUGACUUCAUUGUCUUCGAGAUUCAGUUGUGGGCCUCCUGGCAGCCAAGCAAGAAGGCAAAUGCUCUCCUUUUCCUUAGGCAGUCUCCCGACAUGCAGCGGAGGCUG